UACCAAACACACCACGGAAAGCCUGAAGACGCAGCGCUUCAUCCCUCUCAGGGGCAACCUCGUCAAUGAAUUCCAGCUUUUCUCUUCCAGGCUGAAAGAAAGCCGACGGAGGAGCGAGGAUAAGCCGAAGCAGAGUACCGGGGAUGGCUUCACUCCUCCUUUGUCAUUCUCCGUUCUCCGGUCACUGCGUUGUACCCUUUCGUUCAAAAAGUAAAGUCUCAUUCUCCGGUGGUUAUCGGUCUGUGCGAUGUGCAGGGGAUCGCCAAGCACUCUUUAGCCGCAUUGCUCCCGUCUACGAUAACCUGAAUGAUUUACUGAGUUUGGGGCAACAUCGCGUGUGGAAAAGGAUGGCCGUCUCCUGGAGCGGGGCUAAAGAAGGAGACUGCGUGCUUGAUUUGUGUUGUGGAAGUGGGGAUCUGACAUUCCUUUUGUCAGAGAAAAUUGGAUCUCGUGGGAAGGUAACUGGUCUUGACUUCUCAAAGAAUCAAUUACUGGUGGCAUCCUUUCGACAAGACUUGCUUUGGAAAGCUUGCUACAAAAACAUUGUAUGGGUUGAAGGUGAUGCACUUGAUUUACCUUUUCCCAAUGGUUAUUUUGAUGCAAUUACUAUUGGUUAUGGGCUGCGGAAUUUAGUGGAUAGGAGUAAAGCCAUGAAGGAAAUGUUUCGAGUCCUGAAACCAGGCUCCAGAGUAUCAAUUUUGGACUUCAACAAGAGCACAGAACAAUUUACUACCACAAUUCAGGAAUGGAUGAUUGAUAAUGUUGUUGUUCCGGUGGCAAGCAAUUACAACCUGGCCAAGGAGUAUACAUACUUGAAAAGUUCAAUCCGUGAAUUCUUAACUGGCAGAGAGCUAGAGGAACUUGCCAUGGAAGUAGGAUUUUCCAGUGCCAAACAUUAUGAGAUAGCUGGAGGCCUCAUGGGAAAUUUAGUAGCAACUCGUUAAAUAGGAAUUUCCACUUGCUUCGCAUUCUCUUUGCAAGUUUUCCAAGUUUGUUCAGAAGAAUGCAAGUUUAUCAUCAGUUAAACUGCAACUUUAGGUUAAGAAUUCUUUUGUAAUCUAAAUCCACAAUAUUUACAUUGACUAAAACAAAAUAUACUUACUGGCUUAUUGCAAGUUU